AACCCUGCAGAUCAUUGAACUACCAGGAGCAGAGGUGCUCGUAGAUGACAAGAACACGCUACACUUUCAAGAAGGCUCCUUACUCAGCAAGUCGCUUCUUGCCUUCUCUCAAGUGGUAAAUAAUCUGGCCAGUUCACCCAUGCCGGACAGAGUUAUUAACUACAGUGAAUCCAAACUAACUCAGCUGACACAAGAUGCUUUUGGAGGGAACUGCAAGACUCGGAUUAUUUGUUGCCUGCCACCUAAACCGGAAACCCAGCGCCUUUCUGCCGUCUUGCGGACAUGUGCUACGCUUUCCCAAGUGAAAAACUUCCCUGUGUUAAACGACCACUUUGUUGAGUCACUGUUGACCCAGUACCGGGCACGGAUUUUGGCCCUCCAGGCUGGAGAGGAUAUGGGCACCAAGGCGGGGAGUGACAAGACCAAUACCCUCAAGGAUCAAAUUCGUCGACUGAGCAAUGAAAACGUGCAUCUUCGUGACAAGAACGAACGCUUGUACAACAAGCUGGGAGAUCUCCAGGGGAAGAUGGGGCAGCUGGCUGGGUCGAAGACCGAUCUCUCAUCCAAACUCGUCUUCAGCGAGGAAGAGAAACUGAAGAUUUCCAAAGAUCUGAUCGAUCUGCAAAUCCAGACAAACAAGAUUCGGGAACAAUAUGAAGCAGAGAACUUUGAACUGAAGAAUAAGAUUUUAAUUCUUGAAAACAGAACAAUGGAACUGGAAGGGCAGAAGAACAAAUGUCUGAACGAAUACGAGGUGGCAAGGAACCACCUGAAGGCACUCGAGAAAAAUCGGCAGGAACUAGCCGAUGAAUAUGUUGCUCUGAAGAGCAAUUAUACAACACUGAGUAAACGGUAUGAAAAGGAGGUUGCAAGGAAUGAUGAGCUGAGCAUGGAACUCCUGAACUUGGCCAAUUCCAGGAACUCCCUUAUCAAGGACCAGGACCAGCACGUGAAAACCAGAGCCAUUUACGAUGAGGCUGCCGUGGAGUUAAGCAGAGUGAAGGAUCUUGUGGCCAGACUCAGCAGUCAGAAGUUGUUAGGUAACCAGGAUCAGAUCAAAGACCAAAUAGACGUAAUGAAGCUAACCUACGAGAAGCAGCAAAAUGCAAUGGAAGAACGAAUUGUAAAGAUGGGCAAAGAACUUCAAGAGGCCAAAAGAGCUAUUAGAAACACACAACACAAACUGGCAGAGCAAACAGUGGCAUUGCUCGGUUCCCAGAGUCACGUGAAGGAGGUGGAAAGUGAGAACUCUCAGCUGCAGCUGCGCCUGAAAGAACUGAAUGAAGAAUACCGCAUGCGGCUUGUCCGCUACAUCGAAGAUGUAACAGACUACGUGGAUAGUUCAGGGAAACCGGGCAAUGACAACACCAAACCCUCAGCUGACCCGCCGCACCUGAAGAGGUUUGUGGAUAACAUGCUCAAGGACAUGCGAUCUGCCUACAGAUCUCGAGAAGAACAGUUGGCUACGGCAGCCAGGAACUACAAGAAAAGGAUGCAGAACGUCUUCAAGAAGCACGAACAUCUCCUGAUCGCUUACAGAAUGCAGCGGGAACAGAUUUUAUCAUUGGGCAACAAGGACCUGGAUCCUGGCCCUUCAGAGAUAACUUUUGUGGUCACCGACAGUGAACUAUUGAACAGUCAUAGUCAGGAGCUGAACCGCUUACGUGAGGAUAAAGCUCGUCUGGAAGCUCAAGUCCGGGAACUCCAGGAGAAGAUAAGGCUGGGUGGGAGCUCUGUGCUGACCAUGCCUUCCUUGACGCUGGAAACAGGUGGCAAUUUUGAUAAUGAACGCUGGAGCGAACUAAGGAAACAGCUGAGAGAGUUUACAUUUGCAACACAGGAAGAACUGGAACGCGAGCGUGCACAGUUGUAUUCACGGGUCACCAUCGCAGAGGAGCAGUUGGCCGAACUACAGGAGUAUGUGGACAAGCACCUGGGCAGGUACAAGCAGGAAAUUACGCACCUCAGGAAACUUGUUGGGACUGAAGAAUCGAGAGGUCUACGCUAACAGCUCCAGUAUUUAGUUCAUCCAUAGAAAUUACACCAGUUCUCAGGUCCUCAACUCUGAAAAACAGUAAAGUAACUCCUAAUAUU